GCCCGCCGCGCCGCGCCGAGCCCGGCGAUAUUUAACCUGGGCCGGGGCGGGGAGCGGCAGCGCCGAGCGGGGCACGGACCCGGACCGGAGCCAGCCCCGACCCCCGGCCCAGCCGUUGCCCCGGCCCCACCAUGAGAGCUCCGGCGCCGGUUGCGCUGGGUUGCAUCAGCUUGGUGCUGUGUCUGCUGGAGCUGCCCGCCUGCCUGCCCCUGCCCGGCGGCCGUGCGCCCAAGCGCAGGGAGCCCCCAGACCGGAGACCCUCCCUGACCCCACUCCUCGGAGACCCCCCAGGACCGCAGGCCCCGGCUCUGCUGCAGCCCGCCAGUGGCCCACGGCACAGACCGCUCAUCCCCCGGCAUGGCUCCAAGUUCGUCCCGUGCCACGGCCCCCGGCUCGCCCCCCGGCACGGUGCCCGCAUGGCCCCCCGGCACAGACUGCUCAUCCCGCGGUGCCGCCCGAAGCUCAUGCCCCGGCAGAGACCCCGGCACGGUGCUCGCCUGGUCCCCCAGCACCCGCGGGGCCGCCGGCAUGCGUCGGGGCGGCUGCAGCACAUGCAGCUGCUGCGGGUGGGCUGCGUGCUGGGCACCUGCCAGGUGCAGAACCUGAGCCACCGCCUCUGGCAGCUGAUGGGCCAGUCAGGCCGCCAGGACUCGUCCCCCAUGAACCCCAACAGCCCCCACAGCUACGGGUGAGGGGGGGGCGGGGGGAGUCACCGCACUGGACCGCCUGGCCCUGCGCCCCCCCACCCUGCCCCGCGGGACCCCCCCCACUAAAGCGCUUCCACAGUCA